UUUCCUUUCAAGGCGCAAGCCCAGUACAGCAUUGUAUGGAUAGUGCAGAGUGAAUAAUAAAAGGCGCAGAGAAAGGCAAAAGGGAUGUCAAAAGGGCCUGUCUCGAACCUUUCCGUGGCUUCUAUCUCGUCUCCCGCUACCGCAAACGUACUGCAAGCGCAGCCGGAGAAACCACAGCACUACACAUAUUUAAAAGAAUUCCGCACUGAGCAUUGUGCACUUUUUGCGCAGCACAAAUGCACCCAACACCGCCCUUUCACCUGCUUUCACUGGCACUUUGUAAACCAGCGCCGCAGAAGGCCUGUGCGUCGUCGUGAUGGCACCUUCAACUACAGUCAUGAUAUCUAUUGCACAAAAUAUGAUGAGACAACCGGACUUUGUCCAGAUGGGGAUGACUGCCCAUUUUUACACCGAACUACUGGGGACACUGAACGACGUUACCAUCUACGUUAUUACAAAACCGGAAUAUGUAUCCAUGAGACAGAUUCAAAGGGUAACUGCACAAAGAAUGGACCACACUGUGCUUUUGCACAUGGACCACAUGAUCUGCGUUCUCCUGUUUAUGAUAUCAGGGAACUUCAGGCCAUGGAUGCACAUCAGAAUGGUCAGCUAGGUUUAGAAGGCUCACUUGAAGGACAGACAGCUAUUGCAGCCAGCAAUGCUAUGAUAGAGAAGACCUUAAGUGAGGAGCCAAGGUGGCAAGACUCAAAUUAUGUGCUGGCAAAUUACAAGACAGAACAGUGCAAGAAGCCCCCAAGGCUGUGUCGUCAAGGUUACGCCUGUCCCUACUACCACAACAGCAAAGACCAGCGCAGAAACCCCAGAAAGCAUAAGUACAGGUCAUCACCAUGCCCCAGUGUAAAACAUGGAGAUGAGUGGGGGGACCCAGCCAAAUGUGAGCAGGGCGAUUCAUGUCAGUAUUGCCAUACUCGUACAGAGCAGCAGUUCCAUCCCGAGAUUUAUAAAUCUACCAAGUGCAAUGACAUGCAGCAGUCUGGCAGCUGUCCACGAGGACCUUUCUGUGCCUUUGCUCAUGUAGAACCUUCUCCUGCCGAUGAAGAGGCUCAGUCUUCCUCAGCAAUAUCCAGUCCCACCCAACUGGGCAGUUCCUCCAUGUUCACAGUGUGUGGAGCUGUGGAUUCUCUUCCUGUCAGUCCCUCCAGUCCGCAGGCUCUGGACCUGGGCAACGUAUGGGCCAAAGCAGGGACCUUACCAAUGAGCCCCAUCACCUCUACAGCAGUAUCGGAUUCAUUAGGAGGUCUACCAGUGGGUAGUCCAUUGACCUCUAGCAUUUCAUCUAGUAUAACAUCCAGCCUAGAGGAGGCUCCUCCUAGCCCAAUUGGUGCCUGCAGUAUUCCUGGCAUGAAUGCCAAUGCCCUUCCAUUUUAUCCAACCAGCGACACAGUUGAGUCAGUCAUAGAAUCUGCUCUGGAUGACUUGGACCUUAAUGAUUUUGGAGUGGCAGCAUUGGAGAAAACCUUUGAGAGCCACUCUGUCUCCCAGGCAGGAAGCAUCAUGCUAGGUGGUAGUUUGUUGCAGAGUUCUGCCCCUGUGAACAUUCCCGGCUCCUUAGGAAGCUCCGCAUCCUUUCACUCUACCUCCCCAUCUCCACCAGUCACCUCGCUUUCAUCACACUUUCUGUCAUCCAGUCUUCAACAGCACCAGGGGCAGCUAAGCCAAUCAGAAAACGCCUUCUUGGGGACAUCGACUUCUCAUGGGUCACUAGGUCUUAAUGGAAUGAAUAGCAGCAUCUGGGAGCACUUUGUUCCUGGCAGUUGUUCUCCUAGCAGCUCACCAGCAUUUCUUACCAGUUCAGGAUCCAUAGAAUUAGUAAGACUGCGCCAUGAACUAGAUGAAGCAAACAACACAAUAAAGAGGUGGGAGGAGACCUGGAAACAGGCUAAACAGGCAUGCAACAACUGGAAGAAGGAGGUGGAAGAGGCUAAUGAGCGAAUAGCUUCAACUUCAAUGGAGUGCAAGCUUACUCGUGACCAGAGGGACAGUAUGGAGCAGAAGGUGAAGAAAUUACAGGAAGAAUUAGAAGAACUUCAUACAGGUCUGGAGCCACAACUGCUGAGUUCUUUCCCUGAUUUGGAAGGACUCUCCUUGUCCACAUUGUAUACCAUACAGAAACAACUGCGUACUAGUCUAGAACGGGUAGACAAGGCCAUAUACCAGCUGCAGAGUGUUAAAUGCCUGAAUUGUCAAGAGCUGAAUCGUAUUGUCCUACCAUGUCAACAUGCCAUGCUGUGUGAAGUCUGCUCAACAAAAGAGCAGUGUCCAGUGUGUGACACCAGCAGGACGCUACCUUCCUAGGAACUAGCUUUUAAGAUGUAUUGCCAUAGGAAGUUCAUUUCCGAUCCCUUCAUCCUUUUUUAUAUGACAUUUUUGCAGAGCACUUUGAACAUUUUGUUUUUAGCAUUGCUAAUUUGUAUCCAUACUUGAUUCCCCCCUUUGUAGGGGGUACAAAGUAUUUUGUAUAAGUACUUUUGCAUCCUUUCUCCCAGCAUGUGCUCAUCUGUGAGAGAGGAGCACUCUUCCAAGAUUUAUUGUCUAAAAUGCUGAACAUUGUCUUCCUAGAGUUUGGACUUGCUUUCCUGGGGCUCUUAGUUAACAUAUUCAAUACGUUGUGCACUGAGGAGGGGCGGCAUUAUAUCUGCACUGCUUCUCCACGCCAGCUGUCAUAGGGUUGAGGUAUUUUCUGGGCUGCGUUUUAGGCAAUCCACAACACAGGCAACCUUUUGAAAUUGUUUCUGUGCUAUGUUGGCAUUACCUGCAGUGUUUAUGUUCCAGGUCUGAUGGGGGCUCUGAUUUUAUGAACAGUAUAGCUUGAGUAAUGAUGAGGGUUGCAGUGCUUACUUGCAUGAAUUGUAUCCUCCCUUUUCGUUUAUCAAGAGUGAACCUGCUGUGUUUGUUUCACUUUAUUUGAUAUCAUGAUGCAUUCUAUAAUGUUCUGCAAGACCUGUAAAUCAUGUACUUUAUUUUCCUAGCAUCUGUGACUUUGUCUGUUUACUAGCUAUUUCAUAAAUUGAAUUUUCAUUUAAAGGUAAGAUGAGGGGACGGUGAGGCAUCUUACUUUUUAUUUUUUUAAAUAAAACAUUCAUUUUUACCUUAA